AACUAGUUUACAAAAAUCAAUAAAUAAAUGUUGAAGUCGGUAAACACUUGUUUACAGCAUAACAUAAUAAAUACGAUAUAAAAUAAUAUAAAAUGAUUCUGUUCACGAUUUGCAUAGUUUGCAGCAACUGCUAUAUGCUUUAUCCUUCAUUACUUAGAAAAGUCUUGAACCAUCAAAUAUGAUUUAUAUCUAAUUUUCGCCUGAAAAAUGUUUCGCUGGCCUGGUAAGAGCAAGAGCAGCAACAACCCGAGACGAACCGACAACUACCCGACAAUUCCCGGAAAAUUCAGCAACCUCAUACCAGUUUCCCGCCUGGACGCCUGUGAUAUGCUUCCCAUCUUAGCGUUGUGGACAGAUGUACUACAAUGCUGUACCAUUUCUUCUGUCGACGGAUUCUCUAGAAGUGAGAUAAAUUGUUUUGCGAUAUAUUUCCAGUAGGUGGUGCCAGUGCUUCAACAGAUAAGUCGCUAAACGACGGUGCUAGAACCUCAAAAUAUUCAAGGUGACUGAUGAUCACAUUUAAUUAAGAUGAUUUGCACUCACUACUGUGAUUUCAACGAAACUUUGUUGAGUCAUGUGUCCAAAGACUCUGGCCUACCAAGAUGUAUCAUGGGCACUGUACCCCCAUCCGUGUUACUUCUCUUUAUAUUACUGCUUGCUUUGAUUCAAUUAUACAAGAAAAGAAAGAUCCAGAAAGAUAAUCAUGGCAGAACUUUAUUGUCCACUGAUAUAGAGUCAACUUCUGUUGAGGAAAUCAUAAGAGAAGAAGUUAAACCCAGUGAUUGUGUACUUAAAUGCAGGCGCAUCAAUGGAAGUUGCCAAAUAAGUCAAAAUUCUAUUCAGGCUAUAAUGAACCCUGCUGAAUUUGUUCAUGGAGACAAUCGUACAUCAUUUUUGUACACAUUUCAACAGUUCUUGCACAUUUGCCUUGUGCUAGUUCCUGUCUUUGAUGUUAUAACCAAGACUGUUAUAGAACCCAAGAGACUGCAAGGGUAUGUUGUGGUUAGUGAUGGAGGAACCUUCUUGACAUGGCUCACAGCUUUUUUUGUUCUACGUGCUGAAAGUUCAAGGUAUUUCAAGGUUCAUCUUAGCAGACAUUCCAUUGGUCUCUUGCUCUUUUGGUCUCUGGCAUUUGUUAUAGAGAAUCUGGCCUUUAUCUCUUGGAACAAUCCUCACUGGUGGUUUGGUCGGAAGACAAGGAUCCAGGAAGCUGAAUUUGGUUUGUUUAUAACACGCUAUACAAUAGUGGUGUUGAUCUUUGCUUUUGGAUUAAAAGGACCAGGUCUUUAUCAGCCACCAAAAGUUCCUGUAGAAGAAGAGCCAAAAUUUUUGGAAGGAUCAUCAGCCUUAGAUCGUAGGGGACAGUCAGCUUUUAAAGGGUUCUGGAAGAAAACAAAGAUGUUGUGGCCUUUCUUGUGGCCUUCAGACAGGAACCUGCAGGCCAAGGUGGUUGUGUGUUUCCUCAUUCUUGGGGCUGGUCGAGCUGUGAAUGUUCUUGUUCCAUACAUGUAUAAAAUAAUUGUCAACCACCUUACACCAGGAUCGGUUGCGAUUACAGACCCUUGGCAUCUGAUUCUGAUCUAUGUGGCAUUAAGGUUUUUACAAGGAGGUGGAACUGGGGGCAUUGGCUUGCUAAAUAACCUAAAGGCCUUCUUAUGGAUCAAAGUUCAACAAUUCACUAGCCGAACUCUCCAAGUGCAACUUUUUGCUCAUCUUCACAGUCUGUCACUCAGCUGGCAUCUGAAUCGUAAAACUGGAGAAGUGAUCAGAAUGGUGGAUCGAGGCGCCAACAGUAUUUAUAACUUGCUUAACUAUCUUUUGUUCAACAUUGCACCUACAUUUGUUGACAUUGGUGUGGCAAUUGUGUACUUCAUCGUUGCUUUCAAUGGCUGGUUUGGAUUGAUAGUCUUUAUAACUAUGGCUCUAUAUGUUGCAUUUACUGUUCUUAUCACUGAGUGGAGAACUAAAUAUCGUCGUGAGAUGAAUGAUAAGGACAAUGCAGCCAAAGCAAAAGCUGUUGACUCACUGUUAAACUUUGAAACUGUGAAGUACUACAGUGGAGAAGACUUUGAAGUGGAAAGACUGGAUCUUGCUAUCCAGGACUAUCAGAAAUGUGAAUGGGAUACAAUUGCAUCCCUUGCUCUGUUGAAUACAGCGCAGAACUCAGUAAUCACUGUUGGACUCUUGGCUGGUACACUGUAUUGUGGCAAGUUAGUAGGGGACGGACAACUAGAGGUUGGAGAUUUUGUCUUGUUUGUCACUUACACCCUUCAGCUUUACAUACCCCUGAACUACUUUGGAACCUACUACAGAAUGAUUCAGCAGUCAUUUAUUGACAUGGAAAACAUGUUUGACCUGUUUCAACAGAAAAGACAGGUACUAGAUGAACCACACGCUCCAGACAUCCGAGUCGCCAGUGGUCUGGUAGAGUUUCAACAUGUCAAUUUUUCAUACCUUCCAGAAAAGCAGAUUCUGAAAGAUGUGACCUUUACCGUGUACCCUGGCCAGACUGUAGCGCUUGUUGGUCCGUCAGGCAGCGGUAAAAGCACCAUCAUUCGACUGCUUUAUCGUUUCUAUGAUCUGGACUCUGGAGUCAUCUCUAUUGAUGGACAGAACAUUGCAAAGGUCGCCCAGAAGUCUCUCCGUAAAGUCAUAGGAGUGGUUCCUCAGGACACUGUUUUGUUCAAUGAUGACAUAAGGUAUAAUAUCCAAUAUGGAAGAAUUGGCGCCGCUAGUUAUGAAGUGGAGGAAGCUGCAUCAGCAGCAGACAUGCAUACAAGAAUUUUGACUUUCCCAAAUGGUUAUGAGACAAUUGUCGGGGAACGCGGGCUCAAGCUAAGUGGUGGAGAGAAACAGCGUGUGGCAAUAGCAAGAACUCUGCUGAAGAACCCGCCUCUUGUUCUUUUAGAUGAGGCAACUUCUGCUCUCGACACACAAACAGAACGCAACAUUCAGGCUUCUCUAAACAGAAUGUGCAUCAACAGAACUACGAUUGUAGUCGCCCACAGGUUAUCCACGAUUAUUAAUGCAGAUCAGAUUCUCGUUGUCCGGGAGGGUGAGAUCAUUGAAAGAGGAAGACAUGACGAGCUAGUCUCUGAAGGCGGCGUGUAUGCCGACAUGUGGCUGCAGCAACAGAAAGCGGAGGAAAAAGAAAAACAUGGCAGCAUCAGCGACAGUGUUGAGGAGGAAAAAAACGAUAAAUAAACAGAGAAGUGAUGACCCAAGAACUGUGGAAUUGCAAAGAGUAGCUCAGACGGCUUUGAACUCUUCAAAAUAGAGUGAAUUUCAACCAGCUCAGCAACGACAACAACUAAAUUCUGCAAACUAAAUGAAACAUGACAUGGCAAAGAUGGUCAUUAAGACUAAUGGUUGUUCAUAGAUGAGUUUUUUACGUAAAAAAAAAAA